AUGUACGACCAUGCAGAUGGUGUCAUGACACCUCCCAUCCAUAUCGACAAUGCUCCAAAUCAUUACCUGCAAAUCUUAUCCAGCAUCGUCUUCGGUAGUCUUGAGUGUAUUGGGUAUGAUCCUUCCAUCAGUAUAUUUAUGAAGACGCUUCGCCCUGCUCAACUCGAAAAUCCAACUUCUCUCCCUUCUACGAACAAACCACCCACACAAGCUCAAGUGAACAGUCCCCAGACAGGAGGUCAGAUCGGAGGCACUGCAACACCUGAGUCUGAUUCAGGGAUAGACUCAGAUGUGGAGAUAGGGCUCGGACUUAGAGGAAAGCCUCCCUAUAGACCCCCCUCAGUUAGAAAUACCCCAAGAUCCCCUUCGUGUGACUUAUUCAACCUCAAUCAGCAGGAUCAUAGGCUCAUUGGGUGUGGUACCAUGUGCUAUUUAGCCAGAAGGGAUGAUAAAGAAUACAUCAUCAAGGAUCAUUGGGUCCUUGGGGGUAAAGAUGUUGCAUUGAAUGAGGUUAAAAUAUUGCGGGAGAUGCAAGGGGUCCGUGGCGUGCCAGAACUGGUCGAGUAUUGGCUUGUCGAGAUCGCGCCCAAUGAGGUUGACAAAACGAUGAACUCUCGAUACAAGGUUUUGGGAAGUAUCAGAGGCACCUCUCAUACACAUGUUCAUUUGGUUUUGAAGCCUCGUGUGCAACCUUUGCAUGCAUUCUGGACAAGAGUAGAGCUGGUGAGCGCUCUUUGGGAUAUCAUCAAAAUUCAACAGACAGUGGUCAAGGAUUGUGGAAUUCUUCACCGUGACUGUAGUCUUAAUAAUGCUAUGAUCGAGGAUGACAGCAAUGGGACCCACAUACUUUUGGUUGAUUGGGAAUUUGCGGUGCAUAUCUAUGCUGGCCAAAAAUAUGUUAUUGGUGGGAUGGGCACAUUGCCUUUCAUGUCACAUUCACUUCUGUGGCAGCUUUCAGAGGCUGUUGCCAUGUCUUCCCUUGGAAAACUGCCUCCCCUCAUCCAACAUCACUACCAUGACGAUUUGGAGUCACUUUUUUUCCAGUCUUGGUGCACAUCUGCAUUGAAUUCAGGGGUCCUCUUGGAGUUAGACAUGAUCUCUCAGCUGAUAGGAGUCAAGAAUGGCUACCGCAUCUAUGGUCCGCCGGCAUGUUACAAGUGGGCAAAACAAUUCCACCCCUACUUUAAGACACUACUCCCACUUGCAACACAAUGGUACCACCUGAUCAGGAACAAAGGUUCGUUGAAUGCAGUAACUUUCCAGGAGGUUCUCGAUCUAUUGGAAACACAUCUUGCCAAGCUUCUGAAGAACAAGCCUUCCCCUGAGCUUCUGUUCGCAAAGAGGGUUAUUGCAGUGCUGCCAAAAAAGAGACAGGCAAGUGACUUUGAGGAUGAUGAUUGGGAUGAUGAUUAUCUUGACUAA